AUGAAGUUGGAUAUAGCAAAGACAUUCAGUCACCAUUCUGAUCGUGUUAAGGGGAUUGAUUUCCACCCAACCGAACCAUGGAUCUUGACAACAUUGUACAACGGAAAGGUUGAAAUCUGGUCGUACGCCACAAAUGUUUUAGUCAAGUCUAUACAAAUUACCGACUUACCCGUGCGUACUGGUAAAUUCAUAGCCAGGAAAAAUUGGAUUGUUGUUGGAGCCGAUGAUUUCCAAAUUCGUGUCUACAAUUACAAUACCGGCGAGAAAGUGACGCAAUUUGAAGCCCAUCCAGACUACAUUAGAUCAAUCGCCGUUCAUCCAACAAAGCCUUAUAUCUUGAGUUCAAGUGAUGACUUGACUAUAAAGUUAUGGAAUUGGGACAACAAUUGGAAAUUAGAACAGGUUUUUGAGGGCCACCAACACUAUGUUAUGAGUGUCAAUUUCAACCCCAAGGAUCCAAACACUUUUGCUUCUGCUUGUUUAGAUAGAACUGUAAAGAUUUGGUCAUUGGGCAGCUCGCAUCCAAAUUUUACAUUGAUUGCUCACGACACCAAGGGAGUAAAUUUUGUUGACUAUUAUCCACAAGCCGACAAGCCGUAUUUGAUUACUGCAAGUGAUGAUAAAACGAUUAAAGUGUGGGACUACCAAACAAAAUCGUGUGUUGCUACUUUGGAAGGACAUUUGUCUAAUGUGUCAUUUGCAAUCUUCCAUCCUGAGUUACCAGUGAUUGUGUCAGGGUCCGAAGACGGCACGGUCAGAUUCUGGAAUUCAAACACUUUCAAGUUGGAAAAGUCGAUAAAUUACAGCUUAGAACGAGCAUGGUGUGUUGGUGUACUACCAAAGUCAAAUGUCAUUGCCGUUGGUUUUGAUUCAGGGUUUGUCAUUAUAAAAUUGGGCAGUGAAGAACCAUUAUUCUCGUUGGACGCAAACAAUAAGCUAAUAUAUGCAAAGAAUUCUGAAGUGUUCCAGUCAGUCAUCAAACCAAACGCGACACAAGGGUUGAAGGAUGGAGAGUCUUUAAACUUGCAACAAAGAGACUUGGGAACAAUUGAAAUAUUCCCUCAAUCGUUGGAUCACUCUUCUAAUGGUAGAUACGCUGCCGUUUGUGGCGAUGGUGAGUAUAUUGUUUACAGCGCAUUAGGAUGGAGAUCGAAAGCUUACGGUAGUGCUCUUGACUUUGUCUGGAACACACACGACACAUCAGCCGCUUGCCCCUUUGCCAUUAGAGAAUCUACUGUUAGUGUUAAGGUGUACAAAAAUUUCCAAGAAUACCUAAUCAUUGACUUGUUAUAUCAAGCCGACAAGAUUUUUGCGGGUUAUUUGUUGGGAGUCAAGUCAGAAGGUUGUAUUUCUUUCUAUGAUUGGGAACAAGGGAAAUUGGUGAGAAGAGUUGAUAUUGAUGAUGACAUAACUGAUGUUGUCUGGUCUGACAAUGGACAGUUGUUGGCAAUAGUCACCAGUUCAAGCACGGGUGAGAAAUCAACUGCCGUUACAGGUGCUAAAACCAACGAUGAGACUUACUUUUUAAGUUACGAUCAAGAAGUGUUUGAUCAAGCAGUGGCUAAUGACGAGUUGGAUCCAGAAGAAGGAGCUGAAGCGGCAUUUGAUGUCUUAUACACAUUGCCCACAUCAGAGGCUAUAUUGUCUGGAAAAUUCAUUGGUGAUGUCUUUGUCUAUACAACAGCAGCUACUAACAGAUUGAAUUACUUUGUUGGUGGUGAAGUGAUCAACUUGGGUCAUUUCGACCGCAAAUUCUACAUACUUGGCUACAAGGCUCAAGACGGGAAACUAUACCUUAUUGAUAAGUCUUUUGAUGUUAUAUCGUGGUAUAUCAAUGCUGAAGUUUUGGAAUUGCAAACUUUGGUAAUGAGGGGAGACUUGGAACAAUUUGCAACCCACAAUGUCUUGGACGAGGAGACUGGAGAAGAAACUCCCGAUUUGGCUACGGUUACCGUUGAAAAUCUUUCCGAAGACUACAACUCACUCAUUGCCAACUUUUCCAAGACUGAGCUUAAUCAGCUUUCACGAUUCUUUGAGAAGUUGGGAUACUUGGCGUUGUCGUAUGCAUUAUCUCAAGACUUUGAUUCCAAGUUCCAAAUCGCUUUAACUACAGGAAACUUGCAGCAAGCUUAUGAUUUAUUAUCAAAACAACAAAAGGAGAACCCGACUCUUGCUUCGGUUAAUGCUCAGAAAUGGAAAAAACUUGGAGACUUGGCAUUGAACAAAUGGAACCUAAAAUUGGCUCAAGAGUCAUUUUGGUUAGCUAAUGAUUAUUCUUCAUUGUUGUUGCUUUUGUCUUCUACCAACAACAAGACACAGUUGAUUAAAUUAGCUGAGAAGUGCGAAGAGAGAGGCAGAUACAAUAUAUCAUGGCAAGCUUGGUGGCUUGUGGGCGAUGUCAACAAGUGUUUGGAUUUACUAAUCAAGAGUGGCAGGUACCCUGAAGCUAUUUUGUUUGGAAGAAACUAUGGUGUUGAUCACGAGAAAUUAUCAAAUUACAUCAAGGAAUUCAAAGACGUUUUAAAACAGAAGAACAAGGACAAGAUUAGUGAACGUUUGAUUGAUGAUUUCCAAAAUCUAAGUAUCAACAAUGGAGCUGCUUCUGAGAACGCCCCAUUGAUUAACCUUGAGGACGGUUCACAAGAGAAACUGGAAGAUGACGUUGGUGAGAAGGACACAGAACAAAAGGAAGUCGAAGAAGUCGAAUUGGAAGAGGAGAAUGAUGAUGCAAAUGGUGGGGUUGAAGUUACUGAAGAAGAAGCCUAA